UAUUUGCUGGCAAAAUUGUGAAAUAAUGUGCUGCAAUCAAUUCGCAAUACAUGCACCCUGACCCCGUCGCGUCCCGUCUCAGUCAGGCGCGGCAACGUUUGUGCAAAGGCAGUGGGGAAAAAAAUUGUGUGCAGUGAAGCGUUUUGAAGUGGCAGCUGCCACAGAACCAACUGCAACUGCAACACAGCUCCCGGUGGCCCACUCUCCCGCUCUUUUCCGCUGUCAGAGAGCAUCAAUAAUGCAAAAUGAAGCGUUGCUCUGACUCCACUCGAAUAUAGUAUACCCGGGACUCCUCUUCACCGAUUGGGUCUUCUUGACAUCCCCUUGCUCAUCCUCAUCCACAGCCAGGACACGUCAAAAUGAGUUUACUUUGUGGUCUGAUGGCUGCGAUUGCAAACAGCUCUUGGAGUAUGAAGCAUCGAGAAUGCAGUACACGGAGGAGUGCUUGACAUCCUGCAGCCAAACAAAAAGGAUUAUGCAGGGACUGCAAUAAAGGAACGACGACGGGUAAUUUGAAGGUAGACAGAAUCUACUUUUGUGGCAUGCAUUGGGGAUUCCUUGUUGUCUGUUUAGUGGCGUGGAAGAGCUGGAAGAGCGAAUCGGUUUCUAAUUUAUGAAAUUUCAUUUGCAGCGGAUAAUCCCCAUGGGAGGGAGUUCCGUUCCACUGGGGAAUUUUAAUAUAUAAAUUUGCACUCUGAAAAAAAACAGAAAGGGGAGUAAGGAGUAACCUUUGCAGUCUGUUACCUUUCAGAAUUAAAAAAAUCAAACAGUCGUACACAUCACUCGUACGGAUAUACAGACAUAUAGAAUAUCAGAAACACACGUCUAACUUUUCAAUAAAGUUCACAAUUUAUUACACAAUUUAUUUUACAAGCGAUAUACAUACAUUCCCAUGGAUACAAUGAACUCUGAAGAUGUGAAGGGUAUACUGAAGGGUGGCAGCAGCGGGGUACAGCCGCAAGCAGGCCAGAAGACGGCCAAGUUCGAUGAGCUAAAUGUGCUGCAGACCUUCCAUCCGGUAGGCAAGACCUAUGGACACAUGAUCAUUGACGAGCCGAAGACCCCGUUCGUGUUUGAGGAUGACCUGCCCAAGGAGCUGGAUACUGUUGAGCUGAUAGAGAAGCUGCGCCUAACCUCGCAGUCGGAGACGCCUUCCUUUGGCAUGGAGCAGGACUCUGAUGACUCGUCGGAUGACGACGACUUCCCCGAGUCCGUGGAAGAGAAGGUGCGGCGCCUGGAGUUCGAGCGUCGCCGCAAGCUGCACUACAAGGAGUACUUAUCGGUACCGCUGGCCCGGCGCCUAAUUGCCGAGGAGUUCGCUGACAUGAGCACCUCAGAGGCGAGCUAUGAGUCUGAGACGAGCUCCUGCAUACUGGAGACCUGCCCGCAGUCGGACACCGACAUGUUGGAUGAAGACACCCAGUUAUUUGAUCACAGCUCUCCGACACAGAAUCAGACUGAUUUCGAGGGCGAAAUCAUCGAGCUUGAGCCGGGCUUUGAUCCCAGCCACCCGUGCUACCAGCGGCUGUCUGCCGAGACUAAAGCCCCACGUCCCGACGAAACCCAAGAGGCCCUCCAGAUUGCUUCGCUCGGCUAUAUGCGAAGCAUGCCCUCGCUUCUCGGACGCGAGGAAUAUUCGGCGACCAAGCCUGUCCGUGUGCCCAAUACCUCUAUCGUGGUUCAUCAUGACCCCCACCAGAAGGACAAGAAGGACGCGACACCCAGCCGCGAGUAAAGGAUGCAUUAAAUUCAUUUUUCAGGCUGCUUUUGGCUUUUCGCUUGAUUUGUUGAAAUUAUUCUGUUUAUUGCAAAAAAUUAAUCAUCAGCAUGGAAAGUCC